AUGACGAAAGUCAAAGGGUUUUCACCGGUUAAUAAUAUGCCAUAUCUUCCGGAUGAUUUAGUGUUGAAUUGCUUAGCUCGCGUCUUGAGAUUGCACUACCCGAUUCUCUUUUUAGUUUCCAAGAGAUUCAGCUUUCUCAUUGCAUCGAUUGAGCUUUACCAAACGCGAACAUUCCUAGGUCGCAUUGAGAGUUGUCUUUAUGUGUGCUUACGUUUCAGUUCUCGUUCUAACGUACAUUGGUUCACUCUAUGUCGAAGACCAACUCAAACCCCUAACCCUAACCCUAAACCUAACCCUAUCCGACGAUGGUUCACUCCUCCAUGCUUUAGACCAACGAAUCGCACAAGGAAGGACAAGAAGAUGUUGAGCGACAAUCUCAUGUGGAAGGCUCGGACAGUCGCGGUUCCUAAGAAUAUGGAGAUGUUCAAUCCGGAAACCCAGAUAUGGAAACAAGUGACAUACCCUAAAGCAGAGAUUCUCGGUGAGAGAUAUUUAUUAAGAAGCUUAGCAAUAGACGGAAAGCUUUACCUUUUUGGGGAUAAACCUAUGGUUUACAAUCCCAAUGAAAAUGGAUGGGAUGUG